GGGAAAAUGGCCAUGUUGAGGAGGUAGUGGAGAUGGCAGAUUUCGAAGUCAUGCUGAAAUUAAACAUCGAUGACGAGUGUUCCUUCAAGUAAUUGUGGGCCAAACAGAACCAUUUCUGGGCGCAUUCAAAAGAAGUUUCAGCACUGCCGAUGCUACCAACAUGUAAGAAUAGAAACCCAGCGAAAGAGUCAAGAUGCGCACAACACAAUGCAGAUAGUCCACUCACAACAGAACUGGUUUGCAGGGCCAUCAAAGUUGCGACCGCAUUGCGGCGCGCGUGUACAACCUCAGAAAUCGCCAGGCGCAUGUUAUUUGCCAUGAAGUGCUCAUUUGCAAGGGUUAGAUGGAGAAACCAGCGUCGAAAAGUAUCAAUGUCUUGUAAUCCCAGCAAUUCGUUCAGUCUAGAGUCGCACGCCUGGCUAUUUGCCGAGAGUGUAGUUGUAGCCGGGCGGACUCUCAUUUGAUACUAUAGUCCAAUCCAAAUGACACUGCUGUAAGCAGCAACAAGUCAUCCCACAGCCCUGUACUGGCUCCACUGUCACCGGAUGUUUGCGCUACAGGGAGGAUUCCUAGUUAACAACAUGUUGAAGACAGCGUGCGCGCGCCUCAAAGCCGGUCGACGAUGGGGCAGCCCCGUUUAGGACUUGUUAAUAGCAUCAUAAUCUAGCUCGGUUUUAAGGCAUCGCCACUAAUUCGACGUUCGUGUCGAGAUCGGGCCGCUCCAGCGACGAAAUCGGCGGUCGGCAGCAUCUCGCUGAAAUCGGCGCCUGAGAGGCUGUCGGUGUUCCAGCGCAAGAUCGUGCUCGCCGCCGGUCAAAUUGUGCCCGCGCUCGGGUCCCGGACCGGUGAGGACGGCUCGACCGCCCGAGCGCCGCGCGGCGACCGCAGUCCGCCGCGCCGACUCGCUGGAGGCAGCCCGAGACGACGAACGAGUCCCGCACGGGGCGUGUGGUCCGUCCGCGCGCGCAUCACCAAAUUGGACGCUUUUAAGCAUUGGACAGCACCUUUCGGUCCAGAACCUAGCUCCAAUUUAAUGGAUCGCCACUACCUCGACGUUCUACUCGACGCAAAGCAUGUACGCGCUCACCGCUCGAGACCGCCCUCGUCGAGAGUGCAUGGAUGACCGUUUUUUGCGCGAAUCGAGUCAAUCCAAAGCAAUGUUUCGCUUCCCAGCGUCGUUACGACGCAGCUGCGACUGGUGGUACGCAAAUCUAGCGACACAGACCGGCUUUUGCUGUUUUUUGAACUUCAACCUGGACCGCCCGCCGACUUUCUGGCGCAUUAAGGGCGUAAUUGACGGGCUGCGGGGCUCUAGAGGGCGCGGACGUGGGCGCCUCGUGGUCGCUGGCCGACGGGAAAGACCGGGAGAGGGGACCAAGCCGGGCCAAAAUCAGCCUGUCGAUGACCAAAAAUCCUCCCUGGUGUGGGGUCGCCGGUUCGGGUUGGGAGUCGCAAUUAAAUGUUCAACGAAACGAAUACUUGAAGGGAAGCGCCGGGCGAGAGACCGCGGUAUGUCAACCCCCCAAAGGACGCCCUGGGGUUGUGGCUCUCGGGUACAAACGGGCAGGCGUCGCCAGGAGGCCACCGGUCUUAUCGGCAAGCACCCCAAGUUGAGGGUUGAAGGCAAAUUGACCCCCAUGUGGUUGGCCUUUUAUCUUACUGCUGAAGCAAAGACUAAGACCUUCUCCCCGCGCAAUGAGUCUCAUCACCUGGACAUGGAUAAUCUGCUGGAUCAUACUAUCGAUCAAAUAGGCAAAUAUGUCACUGAAACUGCAUGGGAACGCGCAAGCGGGGAUAAGUCUGCGUUUAUGCACAAGAUGAUUAGAUCAUGCCUAGUAAUAAAUCUUGCCGUCCUAAACCCGAUCAGACAUGAUAAGCGCUUUUUCCCGAAUCCUUCCAAUACGGCAACGAGCGUGUCUGAAGAUGAGCAUGGCGCGAUCGUUGAUGUGAAUGAUGAAGAAACCACGCGCGUUCCGGCUGCCCCCGAUCUGGUCAAUGUGCAGGAUAAUCGAUUAAGUUCUGUGGAUGUUGAUGAGGAACAAGAUAUGAUCGCACGUCUUCUACAGACGGAGGCAGGAGAAGAGACGGCCGAUGUGGAAGUCAUAAACAGCAGUGACCGAUUGGGCGCAGACGAAGCUUCAUUCAAGGUUUGGAGCGCCUACCAGCGCUGGCGUGUCACCAAGAUUCGCCUCGGAGGUAUCCUUCUCAAUCAGGAGACCGUCACAAAAGAUUCACAAAUUUUUACGUUCCCGCUAGCGAGUAGCAUCUACUCCACGGUCCUCGGCGAAUCCAUGAGAUCAAGAUCACUGACACACGACAGUUGA